CACAAAUAACCAUACAAAGAAGCAAGCGUGGUCAUUCUUUCAUUCAUUCCGUUCCAUUCUUCCUCUCCUCUCUCAACCGCCGCGCCGCAACGCAACGCAACGAUGUCGACGCCUAGCGCCUCCAUUUCCAGCCCCUCCGCGUCUCUAAUUCGAGACCACGAUUCAGUUGAGAAUGGGAAGGAUUUUGCUCCACCGGUUAAGAAAUUCAAAGUUGACAACACUGAUACUGAUUCCGUUCCUAAAGCUGAGAAUGGGAAGGAUUUUGCUCCACCGGUAAAGAAAUUCAAAGUUGACAAGGAUUUAGUAGGAGGAGAAGAACACAACACUGAUUCUGUUCCUAAAUCCAUGGAAUUUACCCCUGAGGAAGCUUUCGAAAUCUGGCACAAAGUGCUUGGAGAAGAAUACAGUGGCAAAGAUGAGGAAGUUAUGAGGUUGGAGAUGUUCACGAAAUCUUACCUGACCACUCCCUCAGGUUAUGGAUGGCGUUGUCCGACUAUGGCUGAUAGAACCGAACAAGAAAUUGAGCGGUUUAGAGAAGAACAUUGUAUUUAUCGGCCGAUUGAUAAUCAUAUAUCCGUGGAAGACAUCAGAUAUUUGAAAGACUUCGAUCCCGCUAUACUCCUGCCAUAAGGUUACCUUCGCUAAAGGUAAGCUCUUGUUAGGACCAUCCCCCAAGUGGUGCUAGGAGUUUUCUGGUUUUGGCUGAUUGAACCGAAGAAGAAUUUAAUGAGUUUAGAGAAUUUCAUGUGCUCCCUGUUUGAAUUUCAAAUUUAAGUUGUAAGUUUAACCUUUUUUAAUUAAGGUUGAAUAAGUCCUUUUAAAGUGAAUCCAGCUGACAUUCAAGAGCACAAAUGGAUCACCCUUUUAAGGAUUGAGAUCAGCUGAAAUCUAUCUUCUCUUUGUCAUCUUAGCCUACCUCACUUAGUGGGAUAAGACAAGACUUUUGUGGUUGUUCUUAGUAGUCAUGGAACAAGUUAUUAUUUUAAUUUUAUUUUACAUGUUGUGAGACCAUCUAUAUAUACCUUUUACAGUUGGUAGAAUUGGAAAACAAUGAUAAGAAAUCAUUUGAUUGGA